CAGCCACAAUCGUUCCUUCCUUUCGAACCAUCAUGACGCUUUCCUUCCCGGUUUCGCAAUCAGAUUAUCGCAGUGGUGUAUCCUUAGGCUGAUAAGACGCGAUCUUAGCUCCGGUGGAGUGGAAGGCCAUGACAUCAGAGAAACUCCUACGUGGCGCGUCUUUCGUGGCCGAUAGGGAUGGUGUGGUUAUUGGUGGAUAUUCAUGAGCGUAAUAUGUGGUGCUGAGGUUUUCGUGUGUUCUAUAAUCUAUGCUCUUUGGGUUGCUCAUACUUACGCUCGUUCAGUAAACGUUGAUGAUGCCUGGACCCCGUCCAUGAAAGUUCUUUUCUGGCUUUGUUCCCGGAUCUCACUCGCUCGGAAGUUCAUUCGAUGUUACGAGUUUCACAUGGGCGACUUCGGAGUAAUCUUUAUAGAAGAACUGAUUAUGACGUCGAAUGCCAUCUCAUUUGGUUUAGAAUAAGCGUCGGACAAUAGACUCGAACCAGUCUAGUCGGACAAC